AUGCUGCUGGUUUUAGAUUUAGCUUGACUUGAUUUAAAUAUUUUAUAACCUAAGAACUGUUUAAAAUGAGCAUGGGUUUCUCUCUCAAAAAUUCAAGUAAAGGUCUUCUACACCAAAGUAAAGAUUUGAGCAUUUCUAUUUAAUUUGUGAGACAUUCACAGUCAACCUUUAUUUAUUGACUUGAUUGAUUUUUACAUUACAGCUCUGUGUCCAAGCAUUAUUACCUUUGUCCACAAUAGUUAAAAACCCCUUUACCAUAAUAAUUUCAGACUGUACCUUCAAACUCCAUUAGUGAUGUUCUGUAAAGAUUGAUUGACCUCUGUCCUAAUCAUUUUGGAGCUACCCCUGUCUGAGCCUGUCAAUUGACAUUAAAAAAUUGUUUGUUAAUAUCAUAAUUUGAAAUAUUUUCUGGAAGAGACACUGCCUAUUGAAUAGGAAAUUAAAAGUAAAGUCCAAAUGCUCCAUAAAACGCCGAAGUAAAAAAGGCAGCUUGAGCAUCCAUCAGUUUUUUCUCUGGCAGAAAGGAAAGAUACAAAGAAUGAAGUGACCCCAUCCGUCACCGCUUUGCCUUUUUGGUGUACUCUGCUAAUGGGUGCAUAAAUGGGAAGUGCUUUGUCCCUAAUUAUCAGUUAAUUUUGCCUUUGUUAGCCCUUUCACCAUACAACCCCUGACCAAGAGAUUUCUUCUGCCUGGAAAGUAAUUUUUUAUUAUUUUUAUGCUUUUCUCUAGAAAUUCUCCCCAAAUUGUUUCCAGUAUGUAUGUGAUAAUCUCUUCAAAAUAAUAAUAAUAAUAAUCUGAUCAGAAUUUUGAAUAUAUUCAGAGCCUAGUGACAUAAAAGGAAAAUUUCAUAAGACAUCUAAUCAAAUGUACAAAUGAUUAACUAAAGGACAGAUUAUUGAAAAUAUUACAAAACAAGCAACAAAAUAAGCUAAAACAACUUAAAAUCAAGAUUUUAAUUCCGAGUGGUUUUGUUUAUAACAAAUAUACAUCUUUCUAGUUAUGUCAAGCUCUGAAUACUUUACAAGGUUGAAAUUGUGAGUGAGAGGCUUUUACCUGUAAAUAUUGUAGAGAUCCAUCUGCACCAGUCCAGAUGUAGUUGCGCGGUCUCGCCACUCCUGAAGGGGGCGCUGUGUCACCGCACGCGCGUCGUGUUCACUGUUUAUAUGUGGUUGUCACGCGAGCUACUUCCGCCGGCUAGACACUCUGAAAUGGCUUCUUAACUUAUCAAAACUAGCUUUUUAACUUUAUUAAGCGCAUUUAAGUUGUUGAAUUAAGGUUUUUGCUUGCGUGUUAUCUUCUCCAGGGUUUCGUUUGACAGCGUGUGUUCGCUAUGACAGUUACUUAGAAGCUGCAGAGACGUUAGCAUGAGAAGCGUUUAAGUUAACGUACGCGAAAAAAGCAGUGUUAAUACUCUUAUGGCGUCUCACAACAUCACAACACCAGAAGAUGAUUGCCCGACUCUGAAGCCGAGACGGAUUCAGAACCAAAACGUAGUGCACCGCCUGGAAAGACGCCGGAUCUGCUCCGGCCCACCUGGGGCUCACUGGUACCGCGUGCGUUGCUUGCACCAAAACCUCUUCCCAAAUUUCACAGUGGUGAAUGUUGAGAAGCCCCCCUGCUUCCUACGGAAGUUCUCCCCUGACGGACGCUGUUUCAUCGCAUUCUCCUCCGAUCAAACAUCCCUGGAGAUCUACGAGUACCAGGGAUGCCAGGCUGCAGAAGACCUCCUCCAAGGCCAGGAGGGUGAGACCCUGGCAAACGGGAACGACCAGCGCUCCCUCAAUAUCAGAGGUAGACUCUUCGAACGCUUUUUCUCACUGCUCCACGUCACCAACGUCGCCUCGAACGGUGAGCACUUGAAUAGAGAAUGCAGUCUGUUUACGGACGACUGCAGGUAUGUGAUCGUCGGUUCGGCUGCUUACUUGCCCGAGGAACCGCAUCCGCAUUUUUUCGAGGUAUACCGGAACAAUGAGUCUGUGACCCCGAAUCCACGCUCUCCUCUUGAGGACUACUCUCUGCACAUUAUAGACCUGCACACGGGACGCUUGUGCGACACUCGCACCUUUAAAUGCGACAAGAUCAUCCUUUCGCACAAUCAGGGACUUUAUCUGUACAGAAAUAUUCUGGCUGUGCUUUCUGUGCAGCAACAGACCAUACACGUCUUUCAGGUCACAUCAGAAGGAACCUUCCUCGACGUCCGCACCAUUGGACGUUUUUGUUAUGAGGAUGACCUCCUGACUCUGUCUGCAGCUUACUGUGAGUCUCAGGCCGAAAGUCUGCCCGGUUUCUCUCGCCUCUAUAAGGAGAAAACCAUCAACUCUCUGAAACACAGGCUGCUGGUGUACCUGUGGAGGAGGGCGGAGCACGACGGCACCGCCACGGCCAAGCGGCGGUUCUUUCAAUUUUUCGAUCAGCUCCGGCAGUUGCGCAUGUGGAAGAUGCAGCUUCUCGACGAACAUCACCUCUUUAUCAAGUACACCAGCGAAGACGUGGUGACACUGAGGGUCACCGACCCAUCGCAGCCUUCGUUCUAUGUGGUUUACAACAUGCUGACGACAGAGGUGAUAGCUGUUUUCGAGAACACUUCAGACAAACUCCUCGAGCUUUUCGAGAACUUCUGCGACCUCUUCCGGAACGCUACACUACACAGCGAAGCCGUGCAGUUCCCUUGCUCUGCGUCCAGUAACAACUUUGCCCGUCAAGUGCAGCGCAGGUUUAAAGACACCAUUGUAAAUGCCAAGUAUGGAGGGCACACGGAGGCCGUUAGAAGACUGCUAGGACAGUUGCCCAUUAGCGCUCAGUCCUACAGCAGCAGCCCAUAUCUGGACCUCUCCCUCUUCAGCUAUGAUGACAAGUGGGUGUCUGUCAUGGAGCGACCGAAGACCUGCGGCGAUCACCCCAUACGGUUUUAUGCGAGGGAUUCGGGGCUGCUGAAAUUUAAGAUCCAGGCAGGCCUGCUGGGCAGACCCAUUAACCACACGGUCAGAAGACUUGUGGCGUUCACCUUCCAUCCUUUCGAACCUUUCGCUAUCUCCGUACAGCGCACCAACGCCGAAUACGUUGUCAACUUUCACAUGCGACAUGGAUGCGUAUGAUGUUGUUGUGGAUGUGGAAAAUCUGUAUUUAUUUUAAGCAGAUAUGAUGCAUGAAACCAAAGAUUUUUUUAUUUUAUUACAUUUUAUUCUUCAUUUGUUAUUUGCAUUAAAGUUUUAUUUAUUACAAAUGUUAUGUCUUUUAUUUUAUUACGCUAAGCAAUGUAUAUAUUUGUGUAUGUUAUCUUUUUAUUAAAUUGCAUUUUG